CCCUGCUCUCGCCGCGUCCCCGGCUCCAGGCGGCCAGGGGUCCCCUGCCGGGCGGCUGUCUGUCCCCCGCCCGGGGAAGCCCUGCCGGGGCGCGAUGGCCUCGGAGUCGGUGAAGGUGGUGGUGCGCUGCCGCCCCAUGAACCAGCGGGAGCGGGAGCUGAACUGCCAGCCCGUGGUGACGGUGGACUCGGCGCGUGGCCAGUGCUUCAUCCAGAACCCCAGCGCCACCGACGAGCCGCCCAAGCAGUUCACCUUCGACGGCGCCUACUUCAUGGACCACUUCACGGAGCAGAUCUACAACGAGAUCGCCUACCCGCUGGUGGAGGGUGUCACUGAGGGCUACAACGGCACCAUCUUUGCCUAUGGCCAGACGGGCAGCGGGAAGUCCUUCACCAUGCAGGGCCUGCCCAACCCACCCACCCAGAGAGGCAUCAUCCCCAGGGCCUUCGAGCACGUUUUCGAGAGUGUGCAGUGUGCGGAGAACACCAAGUUCCUGGUCCGGGCCUCCUACCUGGAGAUCUACAACGAAGAUGUCCGUGACCUCCUGGGGGCUGACACCAAGCAGAAGCUGGAGCUGAAGGAGCACCCGGAGAAGGGAGUGUACGUGAAGGGGCUCUCCAUGCACACGGUGCACAGCGUGGCCCAGUGUGAGCGCAUCAUGGAGCGAGGCUGGAAGAACCGCUCGGUCGGCUACACCCUGAUGAACAAGGACUCCUCGCGCUCCCACUCCAUCUUCACCAUCAGCAUCGAGAUCUACGCUGUGGACGAGCGGGGCAAGGACCACCUGCGGGCGGGCAAGCUGAACCUGGUGGACCUGGCGGGCAGCGAGCGGCAGUCCAAGACGGGUGCCACCGGGGAGCGGCUCAAGGAGGCCACCAAGAUCAACCUGUCGCUGUCCGCGCUGGGCAACGUCAUCUCGGCCCUGGUGGACGGGCGCUGCAAGCACAUCCCCUACCGGGACUCCAAGCUGACGCGGCUGCUGCAGGACUCCCUGGGCGGCAACACCAAGACGCUGAUGGUGGCCUGCCUGUCGCCCGCCGACAACAACUACGACGAGACGCUCAGCACGCUGCGCUACGCCAACCGAGCCAAGAACAUCAAGAACAAGCCGCACAUCAACGAGGACCCCAAGGACGCCCUGCUGCGCGAGUACCAGGAGGAGAUCAAGAAGCUCAAGGCGAUCCUGGCCCAGCAGAUGAGCCUCAGCAACCUGUCAGCCCUGCUGUCCAACCAGGUGCUCCCGAACCCUGUCCAGACCGAGGAGAAGCCAUCGUCCCCGCCUGCGAUCCAGCAUGACACGGAGGCUGAGAAGCAGCUGAUCCGGGAGGAGUAUGAGGAGCGCCUGGCCCAGCUGCGGGCCGACUAUAAGGUGGAGCAGGAGUCCCGGGCCCGGCUGGAGGAGGACAUCACUGCCAUGCGCAACUCGUACGACGUGAAGCUGUCCACGCUGGAGGAGAGCCUGCGCAAGGAGACAGAGACCGUCCUGAAGGCAGAAGUCCUCUUCAACACCGAAGUCAUGUCCAAGGCCGAGUUUGCCAACGUGUCUGAGUGCACACCUGCUUUCCAGUACGAGAUGCCGGUGAAGCCCGAGAUGCACUCCAUCAGCGACCCUCCACCCAGCGAGGGCGUCUCCACGGCUGGGCUCCCUUCCCAGUGUGAAGACCUGCCCAGGGUGGGGACCUCCAAGUCCGAGAGUUCCUUGGGGUCUGAUGAGUCGUCCACUCUGGAAGGAACCUCCACACCCGAGGCCUUCCUUGGGCUCCAGGAGCCCCCCACCCUGGAGCUCCCCUCUGUGCCCGAGGUGGAGGCGAAGAGCAAGGACUUCCUGGAGGAGCUCAGCCAGGCCGCCCUGCUGGGGGAGGAGCCCUCCCUCCAGGGAGAGGAGCCCCAGCUGGUGCCCCUGGAGCUGCUCCCCGGCCUGCACGACCCCUUUGCCGACAUGGAAGCCAAGCUGGCCAGGCUUUCGUCCACCGUGGCCCUGGCAGACGUGCCCCAGACGGACGUACCCAAGGUCCCCAUGCAGCACCCCUCCCUGACAGAUGUCCCUGAGCUCAGUGACUUCGGAGCAGAAGCUGAGGCAGAGGGCGGCCCCCUGCCCGAGACCAAAGCGCAGCAGGCCCCAGGGAACGAGAGGAAGGCUUUAAAUCUACUCACAUUUUUGGAGAGAGGAAGCUACCUGCCAACCUCUGGACCUGAGCACUGGGAGGCUGACCUGGGCCAGGAAGGGGACAAAGACGAGGUGUUGGCAGCAGAGCCUGGCGGGGGGCCCGAGGCCGAGGUCCCGCCCCAGCUGGCCGUGACGAGUUCGAGAAGGCACAGUGUGGGCGUGGAGGUGGCAGUGCUGACCGACGACCUGAUGCCCAUGGUGGACCAGCAGCAGGUCAUCGCCCGCCUGCAGCUGCUGGAGCAGCAGGUGGUCGGCGGGGAGCAGGCCAAGAACAAGGACCUGAAGGAGAAGCACAAGCGACGGAAACGCUACGCGGACGAGCGCAGGAAGCAGCUGGUGGCCGCCCUGCAGAAGUCGGACGAGGACAGCGGGGAGUGGGUGCUGCUCAACGUCUACGACUCCAUCCAGGAGGAAGUGAGGGCCAAGAGCAAGCUACUGGAGAAGAUGCAGAGGAAGCUUCGGGCGGCAGAGGUGGAGAUCAAAGACCUGCAGUCGGAGUUUGAGCUCGAGAAGAUCGAUUACCUGGCCACCAUCCGCCGGCAGGAACGCGAUUUCCUGCUCUUCCAGCAGCUGCUGGAGCAGGUGCAGCCGCUGAUUCGCCGGGACUGUAACUACAGCAACCUGGAUCGGGUCCGGCGCGAGUCCUGCUGGGACGAGGACAACGGCUUCUGGAAGAUCCCGGAGCCCAUGAUCAUCAAAACCAGCCUCCCCGUAGUUUCAACAGGGCUGCAGAACAGACCAGCCCGCAAAACCUCCGCGGCAGACAGCGGCGAGCUGGGCAUGGUAAGACCCCCGGAGAGGGAGCGAGGGGUGGGGCUGAGGGGGCUGGCCCCAGAGUACAUUACCAUGGGGAGCUGGACUUCUACUUCCAUCCGCCGAGGAUUCAUUCAAGCAGGGGCCGAACGGGGGUCCUUCCUGUGCACCUGUUGGCACUGAGACCUUCAACCCCCUCUGGCCCUCCUUCAAAGCCACGUGUGGUCACAACGACCGGAGGAAAAGGAGACGGUUCAGACGGGCCCAGCUGCGGGGGAAGCCCAGAAGGGGCAGCUCGAAUCCCAGAGGCCCAGCAGCACAGUUUGGCUCCCUGGGCCCUCGCUGGUCUAACGCUCUGAUUGGUUGCUUUUGAUAGCUUAACUCUAUAAAAAGGGAAAGUUGUUCCUGAAAAACACACACAACAUUCUUACCCUGGGACCACUAAGGUGCUACAUUAGUCAGAAUGCUUUUACUCCCGGGGAUAGCUACCCAAAGCAGACAAUCCCAAGCAAAAGGGGAAUUUACUGGUGCAUGUUAAGAGGACCGGUUUCAGGCAUGGCUGGAUCUCGGGGCUCAGACAGGCAGGCUUCCCUUCGUAUUCUAGCUCUGGACCCAGGCAGGCUUUCUCCAAGUGAGAAAGGCAGGAAAGAUGGCUGCUGGCGAUUAGUGACCCAACAGAGAGACCGGUCUCUUAGCGCGUCCUCACACCAGUGCUGGUGUAGAGUCUGAUCCGUUCUGCUUGGUCCUGGGCCUACUCUUGGACCAAUGACUAUGUCCAGAACAUGGAGUUCGGUGAUUGGUCCCGUGUGGGUCACAUGUCCAGCUGUGUAGCAAGGGAUGGGUGGGUGGGAGGCCGUGGUGGUAUUAGGGCACUCUGAAUGAUCACCCCACCAGGACGAUGUUGGGGGGAGAAGGAUAGGUCCCCGAAGGAAGAGAUUCAGGGUGAAGAAAAGUCCAUGAGAGUGAAAAACAAUAGUUCUUGGCGAUAGAAAGAUUGGGGCUCCAGUUCUAACGAUCAUAAACGCGCCCCCGAGCUGAGCGCUGUAUCACUCUUCUGAGAUGUGUUUGUGUAUCGGUGAUGGGUUUGGGUGUGUUUUGUUGUCCUUGCCCGGAUGGGGCUGGCACAGCGCCCUCUGCUGAGGUCUGCAGGAGGGCAUGAGGCACUUCCAUUCCCAAGGAGGGGGUGGGGGGUGUAGGCUCGGCUGGAUCCCACCCCUGGAGGCCGGUCUGUAGCCGAUACACCCGAGUGGGCAGUGGGGCCUGGGAAGCCCCAUCCCACCAGGCUUGGGGAGGCCGCUGAGCCCUGGGUGGGGGCCCACAUAAGAGCUGCAUGAACAAGGGGUCUUAACCGAGAGGAUCUG